AGUGAUGUAAAGUAUAAACAGGAAGUUCCAGGUCAGAUGUGAGUCGGGAGGGAGUAGAGAGGAGACAUUGCUGGAACUGGCAGCAGAGGAGAGAGUCGUAUAUGGAUCCCAUGACCACCUUAUUGAGGAUGGAGGAAGACCAGAGUCACAUGACUGAAAGGAUAUUCGACCUCACCCUGGAGAUCAUCUAUGUGCUGGCUGGAGAGGGUUACAUGGUAGUGAAGAAGCCCUCUGGUGAGUAUUUGACAUCCAGUAACCUUCAGAAAGAAACUCGGAGACAUGGCAGUGUCCCUUCAUCUGUGCGCCUGAUUCCUGAAAGAAACAAUGAUAAGAAGAUUCUAGAAGUCACCAAGAAGAUGAUUGCUCUGCUGACAGGAGAGGUUCCUAUAAGGUGUCAGGAUGUCACUGUCUAUUUCUCCAUGGAGGAGUGGGAGUAUUUAGAAGGACACAAGGAUCUCUACAAAGACGCCAUGAUGGAGAACCAACAGCUUCUCAGUUGUAUAAAAGUGCCAAAAAAUUAUUUAUUAACAAAUGAGAUAAUGAACCACGUCAUGGAGAUCAUCUGUCUGCUAACUGGAGAGAACUGUAUCAUGGUUUUGAAGACAUCAGUUGACGAUAAUACAAUAAUAAACCAAGAACACGUGUCCACAAGAGUGAAAGGAAAACAGAAUCCCACUACCGUGACUCUACUUCCCCUUCUGACUCUUGAGAGAAACACCAAGAAGGAGAUCCUAGAAGUCACCAACAAGAUCAUUGAGCUGCUGACAGGAGAGGUUCCUAUAAGGUGUCAGGAUGUCACUGUCUAUUUUGAGGUAAAGGAGGAAGAGAUAUCCACAGAGCCGUCUACAGAGGAUGGGAUGGUUAUCAAAAGUAAACAGGAGCUACCUUCUUUAGAUAUAAACACAGAGGGACAUUAUGUCCAGAAUUUCUUGGAGGGAGAUCCCGUUAUAUUCUCAGAUGUUAACAAUAAUGGUGACGCAGCAUUUUCUCAAGAAGCCAAUCCGGUUAUUCGAUAUUUACAUCACAGACCUCACCAUACGGGGAAAUUAAUGGAUCCUGUUAAUUCUGAGGAGUCUUCUCUAAGCCAUGAAGGAGUCUACACAGGCAAUGAUUGUGGGAAAUCUUUCACUGAGAAAAGCGAACAUGUUAUGAACAAGAGAAGUAACAAAACUGGGCGUCAUUCAUGUUCAGAAUGCGGGAAAUGUUUUACGGGAAAAGGGAACCUUCUGACACACCAGAGAAGUCACACGGGUGAACGUCCUUAUUCGUGUUCCGAGUGCGGGAAAUGUUACACCGGAAAAGGAAGCCUUCUUACACAUCAGAGAAGUCACAAGGACGAGCGACCGUUUUCAUGUUCAUGGUGCGGGAAAUGUUUCACUCAGAAAGGGAGCCUUCUUAGACACCAGAGACUCCACACAGGGGAACAUCCUUUUUCCUGUUUAGAGUGUGGGAAAUGUUUUGCUGAUAAAAGAGCACUUUUUAAACACCAGAUAAUUCACACGGGCGAAUAUCCUUUCUCAUGCUCAGAGUGUGGAAAAUGCUUCACUCAGAAAGCGGACAUGCUUACUCACCAGAGAACUCAUACGGGAGAGCGCCCUUAUUCAUGUUCAGAGUGCGGAAAAUGUUUCACUCAAAAAUCGAACCUUCUUAAACACCAAAGAAGUCACUCGGGAGAGCGUCCUUUUUCAUGCUCAGAGUGCGGGAAAUGUUUCUUUCAGAAAGGAAACCUCCUUAGACACCAGAGGAGUCACACGGGAGAACGUCCUUUUUUAUGUUCAGAGUGCGGGAAAGGUUUCUUAUUUAAAAGGCACCUCGUUUUACACUUAAGAAUUCACACUGGUGAGCGUCCCUUUUCUUGCACAGAGUGCGGGAAAUCCUUCACUGAGAAAGCAAAACUUUUUAAACACCAGAGAGUUCAUACUGGCGUGAGUCCUUUUUCCUGUCCAGAGUGCGGAAAAUGUUUCACUCAGAAAACAGACCUUUACAGACAUCGGAGAAUUCACACGGGGGAGCGUCCUUUUUCAUGUUCAGAGUGCGGAAAAUCUUUUACCCAGAAAAGCAGUCUUCUCAAACACCAGGGAAUUCAUACUCGUGAAGGGCCUUUUUCCUGUGAAGAUAUAAGUCCUCGACAGAGAGUCCGGAAGGUCCAGUUACAGGACUCCAGAAGGCCCAGUUAUAGGAGUCCAGAAGGUGCAGUUCCAGAAGGUCCAGUUCCAGAGUCCAGAAGGUCCAGUUCCAGAAGGCCCAGUUAUAGGAGUCCAGAAGGUCCAGUUCCAGAAGGCCCAGUUAUAGGAGUCCAGAAGGUCCAGUUCCAGAGAGUCCAGAAGGUCCAGUUCCAGAAGGCCCAGUUACAGGAGUCCAGAAGGUCCAGUUACAGGAGUCCAGAAGGUCCAGAUACAGGAGUGCAGAAGAUCCAGAUACAGGAGUCCAGAAGGUCCAGUUACAGGAGUCCAGAAGGUCCAGUUACAGGCAGUUCAGAAGGUCCAGUUACAGGAGUCCAGAAGGUCCAGAUACAGGAGUGCAGAAGGUCCAAUUACAGGCAGUUCAGAAGGUCCAGUUACAGGAGUCCAGAAGGUCCAGUUACAGGCAGUUCAAAAGGUCCAGAUACAGGAGUCCAGAAGGUCCAGAUACAGGAGUGCAGAAGGUCCAGUUACAGGAGUCCAGAAGGUCCAUAUACAGGAGUCCAGAAGGUCCAGUUACAGGCAGUGCAGAAGGUCCAUAUACAGGAGUCCAGAAGGUCCAUAUACAGGAGUCCAGAAGGUCCAGUUACAGGAGUCCAGAAGGUCCAGUUACAGGAGUCCAGAAGGUCCAGUUACAGGUGUCCAGAAGGUCCAUAUACAGGCGUAUAG